CAACAACAAAGCGGCCGCUUUGAUAUCGACGAGAGCAGGCUAGCUGCAGACGUUGGGCCACAAGCCGCCAUUCGGCUGCCUACGACCGUAGUGUUUGCACGAGUUGCUUGGCUGUCCGCUACUUUGUCUUCUAACACUUCCUAGCUGCUUGUUCUCUGAGUUCCAGUCUCGAGAUAGCCGACAGCUGCUUGACAUUGUUUUUGGCUUUUCGUCCUCGAGGGAAUAACUCUAGCUAUCGACUGACCGGAAGAUGGUGGAGCCGCUUCGAUUUUCAGAGAUGACAGAAUCGGAUCGGGACGCUUUCAUCCGCGACGCGAGGUCGCCGUUUGACUAUAGUCUGGAGUUCAGCGAUGGAGAAGACGUUGCAAACGAAGUGAUCGGAACAGCUUCUCCUCCCGAUUGUGACAAAUGGUCGCAGUCGAUCGAAGUGCUUUUGGACGAUCCGGCUGGAUUAGAGGUGUUUCGUACGUUUUUGACCGACCAGAAGAGAGAGCAAGGUCUCAGCUUUUGGAUGGCGACGAAAAUGUUCCGCGAUAACGCGUUCUUGCAGAACGGAGGAGCAAAAGAGAACCUGCAGCUUCAAGCGCGAUCAAUUUUCACUCAGUAUCUUGCAAAGAGCGCACCCCAACGAGUCCUCAUAAGAGAUUCGACGACAAGAAAGAUCGGCGCUGCACUUCAAGUCAAAGCCGUUGCGGGUGAUCUAUUCGUCGACGCCCAAGCUGAGACGGUGGCGAGAAUGACGGAACGAGACUAUCCGGAAUUCCUGAGAUCUGCUAUCUUUCGUGAAUACGUCGAGAAGGCCAGCCGACGGCGGCAACGGCAGCACGAUGCUCAUUCUGACGUGCUAUUGACGCUUUCGGUUCAAGGCAAUGGAGAACCCGUCUCACCCCCUUAUUCCUACACACAGUCAUUAUGGGGUCCUCCCGAACCGUCACCGCUCUGGGACACGAAAAUUAUGAGCACUGUCGCUACGAGAGACGAAGACGACGCCACGUCGGUCAGCGAUAUGGCUACAAAUAACGAAGAGUCUGCCUCGAGGCGAAGUCAGAGACGACAACGGAUGAGAGAACAGAGAAGUAAACGGGAAGUUGCAGCUUUCAAAUUGGAUAAUUUGCCGAAGGAAGAGUACGCCGAGGAGGUACCCAGACCGCGGAAACCCCAGCCAGCAAUCAAACCUGCCGAGUUUUCUUGUUUGCUCGAGGAUCGACUGAACGAAGUGAUCAGAAAUCGCGAACUACCGAGGGUGUUGGGAAACAGGAGACUAUUGGAUGAUAUCGCUGAACAACCAGAGCAGAGUGACUGCACACCUAUGAAUGCACAAUCUGUAUUGGAGCAACUCUCUGUUCCGCCUGUCAGCAGCCGAAUGAGCGAUGUUUCUAGCGAAAGUGGCGUGUCGCAGGCAUCGGCAGAGUGGUACGCGCAGCAUAGAAAAGAACGAGCUGCUAUUACAAGGAAAAUGCCCAUUGACUCGGGUCACCACUCGGACCUUGUCUCAUCAGUCGAGGACUUGGUUAGAGCAACAAAGUUGUGUGACACACCUGCACAGGAGAGGCACAGACGCUUGUCGCAACAGAGGCAUGAACAUCAGCAUCACCACAAGCACAGCCACCACCAUCAUUACGUUCCUAAAGAUCGACACCAUCUUCAUCCUCUCAUGCAUGAUGCAUCUAGCACUUCUACGUUUCCGAGGAGUAGAGGCAGGAGAGACUUUUCAUCGUCACAGAGUGUGAUGUCGGAUCCUUGGGCGAUGGCUUCUCCUGACCAGAGAUCGGUUUACUCAUCGACGUCGGCCGAUGAAACACUAUCUUUUACAUUUGAGAGACAGUUUGCGGCUAGUAGUAGUUCGUCUGUCGUUUCGUAUCGAAGCAAUCCCGAGCGGCAAUCUGAGCGGCAACCGGUUGUCUUCUCUUGUGCGACUCGAUAUGAUUCAUCACAGAUGAGAGCGCAUAGCCAACAUCGUUAUCGAUCGUCCAGUGCAAAAAGCAUUGAAGUCGUGUACAAACUGAAUGGUGACAAAUACAAGCAGUACCUCCCUGGUCCUCAAGUCACUUUGGCAGACUUCAAGACACUUGUUGGGGGCAAAUACAAAUAUUUCUUUGAAGUACAAGAUCCUAGCGAUCCUGAAGCAUACUUCGAAGAGUUUACUACGGACAGUGAUCUUCUUCCAAUUUAUGAUGGUCGAAUUGUUGGCCGAGUUAGGGCACAAAAAGCCGACUAAGUAAAAAUACUGUCACUAGAUGACUUUUGCAAACUUUCACUACAUCUGUUAGGUAAUGUGGAGAUUAUUAGCUUUUAUUUAAUUAAAUAGUAGCAGGUUUAUGGAACAUCGUCCAUUGCUCAGAAUUUGAAGUAUACAGUGUGAAUGUUCA